GUUAUACUUUUCUCCUGCCAACAAGCGAAGAAACAAACAAGAUGUCUGGACGUGGAAAGACCGGAAAAGCAAAGGCAAAGCCGAAAACUCGUUCCAGCCGCGCUGGACUGCAGUUUCCUGUUGGUCGUGUCCACAGGCUGCUGAGGAAGGGUAAUUAUGCUGAGCGUGUUGGUGCCGGCGCCCCGGUGUAUCUCGCGGCUGUGCUGGAGUACCUGACCGCUGAGAUCCUGGAGCUGGCUGGGAACGCUGCCCGUGACAACAAGAAGACCAGAAUCAUCCCCCGUCACCUGCAGCUGGCCGUCCGCAACGACGAGGAGCUGAACAAGCUGCUGGGCGGCGUGACGAUCGCUCAGGGCGGCGUGCUGCCCAACAUCCAGGCCGUGCUGCUGCCCAAGAAAACUGAGAAAGCUAAAAAAAAAAAAAAAAAAAAAAAAAAAAAAUCACACGACCAUUUUCAAUAAACUAACGGCUCUUUUAAGAGCCACUCACAACUUCUAAGAGCAGCAUUUUAAGUACACUUUUUUCUUUUUUGAACAACGGUGUGUUCGGUGUUGUCGGAGCACUAACAAAUUGUACAUGUUAAAUGAUAACUCAAAUUUUAAAGCCAUUCAUAUCUCUACAAUAUGUUUGUAUGCUAUAUGUGCUCACACUCUGAUUUGAGACUAAAGCAUAAAAGCUAAUGAAACUCCA